CGGCGGUUGGCGAGGUCGCUGCGGGUCGGAAGUCACGAGGUCAGGGAUCUGGAGCUUCGAGGUGUGCACAGCGCAGAGAUGCCAGCCUCGAAGCGGAGGAUCCCUGUGUCCCAGCCGGGCAUGGCUGACCCCCACCAGCUUUUUGAUGACACGAGUUCGGCCCAGAGCCAGGGCUACGGGGCCCAGCGGGGACCAGGCAGCUUGGGCUACCCCGCAGCUGCGGCCUCGCCCCAGGCGGCCUUCCUGGCUGAUCCCGUGUCCAACAUGGCCAUGGCCUAUGGGAGCAGCCUGGCUGCGCAGGGCAAGGAGCUGGUGGAUAAGAACAUUGACCGCUUCAUCCCCGUCACCAAGCUCAAGUAUUACUUCGCCGUGGACACGCUGUACGUGGGCAAAAAGCUGGGCCUGCUCUUCUUCCCCUACCUGCACCAGGACUGGGAGGUGCAGUACCAGCAGGACACGCCAGUGGCCCCCCGCUUUGACAUCAACGCUCCUGACCUCUACAUUCCAGCUAUGGCUUUCAUCACCUACGUCUUGGUGGCUGGCCUGGCCCUGGGGACCCAGGAUAGGUUCUCCCCAGACCUCCUGGGGCUGCAGGCCAGCUCAGCCCUGGCAUGGCUGACACUGGAGGUGCUGGCCAUCCUGCUCGGCCUCUACCUGGUCACCGUCAACACUGACCUCACCACUAUCGACCUGGUGGCCUUCCUGGGCUACAAGUAUGUCGGGAUGAUCGGCGGGGUCCUCACGGGCCUGCUCUUCGGGAAGACGGGCUACCACCUAGUCCUGGGCUGGUGCUGUGUGUCCAUCUUCGUGUUCAUGAUCCGGACGCUGCGUCUGAAGAUCCUGGCUGAGGCGGCGGCCGAGGGCGUCCCGGUGCGCGGGGCGCGGAACCAGCUGCGCAUGUACCUGACCAUGGCCGUGGCGGCGGCGCAGCCCCUGCUCAUGUACUGGCUCACCUUCCACCUGGUGCGGUGACGGCGCCCGGCCGGCCGUCGCCCCAGCUGCUGCUCCUGGCGGCCACCGCGCCGCCGCCGCUCAUCUCCCCCGCCCGCCCGCCGUGGCAGCGGCGCCCCCAGCCCCAGUCCCCCCCUUGCCAAGGUGCUGAGAUCUCCAGCUGCACAGGCCGCGCCAGCGGUGCGGCCACUGUUCCAGAAACAAUAAACCGUGAUGGGCACGGCG